CUCAGUCACAGGCAACUCCGACACCAGUCAAGACGCAGAUUCCUCGGGAAAGCUCGGGGACUCCGCACACAGACACAAACCAAGAAGACCUUGUGUAUCCUACCAGCGAGUGCGUCUGUCCAUUGUCACCAGCACCAGCAGCACCAGCAGUCGCAUCCGUGUGUGCAGACGGUGGUAGAAGUGAGAGAUGAAGUCCCUGGCGAUGUUGGUUGUGUGGCUGUGGGGUGUGACUGUCAUCGCCGGCCAGCAAAUGUCAGUUGACCUGCGGUCAGGAAGUGUGCAAGGGUCUGUAACUCCUGCCAACGGCUUCCAGUGGAUGGUCAUCCCCCCGGAAAAUCCUUGCAACUCCGCAUGUGACCUGAGAGGUCUACUGAAGAUAACCUUUGACAACAGCACGCGCAGACACGUGCAGAUUAACAUGACUUUUGAUACCGACCCUUCGGGCUUCACUUUCAACAUCGGUGACUCCAUCAGUAAUGAUGGCUAUGCUGGGGACUACAUUGAUCAGUCCAACGAUGCCGAGGUACACAGUAUCGGUCGCACCAUCUUCUUCUACGGCAAAGACAUCGGACCAGGUGUGAGCUACGGACUGUUAUGCAAGCGAGACAACUUCAUCACCCAGCAAGUCAAGGUGGACAUCAUGGACGAGCUGGCUGCUGCUGACAACGGCCACGACUACCUGCUCGUAAACUCUUUCAAGAUGUUUGCCCUCAACGGCCAAGCCGACGCCACGGGGCCAGUGAACUAUGACAUCUACGUGGCCCUCAACCGGGUGGUCACGGGCAGGCCAAAUCGCAAUGGUGUCGGUCUCUGCAAGGUGUCCAUUGGCUGGGUUCCUGUUUAAGUUCAGCAAUUCUAAGAUACUACAGGUUGGAAUGCAAUGCAAUCACAGACCUACAUCUCUGGACUGUUGGUAGUUUGGGGAGACCAGUUCUUAGCCUCUCGCGACUUUGUCGGGUGUCAGGCAUUGGCCAGUUAUUUGACACCCUGAACCCCGAUAAAAUGUUUAGUCAGCAAGAAACUUACAAUAAAUUUCUUAUUUAGUUAUUUUUUUCUUUCCUUCAUUUUUAUUUAUUUAUUUUGCAAGUCUUUGACCUUUACUAACCAAUAAACUGAAAACACAACAGACCAUAAAGCUUUUGUACCUCCGUCAACACGAGAGUUCACACUAUCUGUUCUUUUUGAUGUUGAUAGUUAAAAAGAAUUUGUGCUUUGAUUUUUUUCUAGAUAUUAACAUGAAAAUUUGUCUAUAAGUAGUGUAGCAGAGAUAUAUGUCCAUGAUGGCAUGAAAAGUGUCAUAUAAUUUGUAAUUAUGUACAAAUAAUAAUCAGCCGGUGGGAUACAUGGUAAGUACGAGGAUUUUUCUAGGGAAGUGAGUUGUUAUUUUUCUUGUAUAUCUUCACGCAACACGCAUAUCUGUUAGAAGAAUGUGUUUGAAUUGUUGCUUUGCUAUGUCAGCUACUAGAAAAUACUUGCGAUCUUUACAGGUUUAUUGCUUCAUAAUUUCAUUUAUUUCUUGCCGAAAGCCUUUUCCCUUAUUUAAUAAUAGCAUGUUAAUACAGUUUGACCCUCCAAUCUGUACUUGUUUGACAUGACUUUCCAAGAUAUGGUUAGUAGUUUUAAAUUGUUACUGAAAAAUCAGGGCGGGAGGUAAAAUCUUCACAAACUCUACAAAAUUGCUUUAGCAUUUAUGCAUAUACAUAUAUAUCUAUAAAUAUAUUUAUAUUAUGUCAUAGGAUUCGAUCAUGCUAGCACACGUUUUCUACGCUGAUGUACAGCAGAUAAUUUUAUUUGCAUUUUUAAGAAUAAGUUUUUAUUUUUAUUUUACCUGACAACUCAAGUAAAGCAAUAAAAGUACUUAUAUCUAAGAAAGUAUUAUUAAACUAAAAGUAUAACAGAAAUAUACUGUUGAUGAAAUGUCACUCUCUACACUUUAUUGUAAAUUCAUUAUUUACUUUGUAUAAAAUUAAAUGCUCUUUUUA